AUGUCACAACAUCAAGAUACAUCUGCUUCUAAAAAUACUAAGUCUACUCAAAAGGUUAGUGCUCCUCCCAUGGGCAUUCCCGAUGAUGAGAUUUUGGAUGUUGUUCCUCUCUCUGUUAUUCCCUGCAAGGCCAUUGAUUUGAACCAACCCAUUGAUGCCUCAGCUUCUGCAUGCUCCAAUCAAGGAAAAUUUGUGGCAUCUAAAACUGCCAAUCCUUCCUACUCUGAGAAGCAUGAUGAUGCAAAUGUUGUGAUUGAUCUAGAUGAUGGUAGCUCUGAUGAUCAAGAGGAAAGCUUACUUCAUCACCUAAAGGCAAGUGUGGAUACACGCAUGAAGACUCGCAAAGGAAGAUCUAUGGCUGAACUUAUGUCAGUUAGGAAAGCUAAGAAGACUGUUGGUAUUGGUCCCUCCAAAUCUUGGAGCAAGGUUGAAGUGAAGAAUAGGAAGGUCAUAGAUGAUUCUGAGUAUGAAGAGGAUGUUGAGGAAGAUGUCCCUGACAUAUCUCUUGUGAAGAAAACCACUGUUAGGAAGUCUCUUGGUAAAGUCCCUGUUGUUCAUUUGGAUAACAUCUCCUUCCAUCUUGAGGAUGGAGCUGCGAAGUGGAAAUUUGUGAUUCAGAGAAGGGUAGCUGUUGAAAGGGAGUUGGGAAAAGAUGUUGUUGAUGUCAAGGAGGUCAUGGACCUGAUAAAAGCUGUCGGGCUGUUGAAGAUUGUUGUUGGGUUCUCUCAAUGCUAUGAAUGUUUAGUUAAGGAAUUUAUUGUUAAUAUUCCUGAGGACAUUUCUGAUAAGAAUAGCAAGGAAUUCUGCAAGGUGUAUGUGAGGGGCAGAGAUAAUGAGGGUGCAGGUGAAUUAGAAGUUACAGACAAUGAGGUUUGUAGAGAGAUUACAGCUAGGCAGGUGAAAGGUUGGCCUGUUAAAAAGCACCUUCUUGCUGGGAAGUUGACUGUCAAUCAUGUCGAGGAUAUUGUCAUGACAUCUGCCAUGAAAAGGCCAGCCUCAAAAGUUAUUACUGAGCUUAAGGAGACCUACAAAGAGCUGGGUGAAGGGAUAAGGGUAGCUACAGCUAGAAAACAAUCGUUGGAAGCCUUGAUUGCAAGCUUGGAGCGGGCUGAAGGUGAAAAUACUGAACAUGCUAAAGAAGCUGAAGCCCACACCUCUAGUGAGAGGUCUGCAAACAACAAUGAGACAAGUGGCAAUUCUAUUUCUGGUGCUGAUGAAGCUCUUGCUUACAGCUGGUUAUGUACUUGGUUUUGUAACCCUUUAACUUUUGAUAUUUCGGUUAAUGACUAA